AUGUCUCAAGAUGACCUUUGCACUGUGUCCCGGGACCGAGUGAGGUCAAUAUACCUGGACGGCCUCAAGUGGAAAUCAGGCAACCCAAAGGGCAUUCCGCCUACAUUCCUCCCUCGUGACACCAGUUAUCACUCCGACAAGGACCUGCUGAUAUCCUUUACGAGCGAGCAAGCAAGCCGCCGAGCUCGCGAUUGGUCUCAGGCCUACUACUAUGCCGCACAAGAUCCAGAACACCAUAUCCAUCUUCUAGACAAGGCAGUGGGCGCGCUUCUUCGCUGCAACUUUGAAGGAGUCCUUAGCGACGAUGCCAUCAUUACCCAGACAUGCGCUCUGUUAUCGCGUCUGCCUCGGACGCCAGAGCUUCCAGCCUCAAUAUCGGCGCAGUUCAAUGGGGCUGCUUUGCCUUGGCUCUAUUUCAGAGCCCAUCACUCCGGCUGCGUGAGGCUUGACCAGGACAGCUGGCACGAGUUGCUCGUAACCAACUGGGUCGAUACCAGCUCCAUCCGUCUGGCGCUGACCAUCGUCCAGAUUCACGAUGAGAUGAUAGACACGACGCAGACCUUCGUUGACACUCUGGCAGAGUUGACGGCAACAGCGUUCGACCUGUCCGCCAAAACAAAAGAUACCGCCGAUCACAAGCACUGGCUGGUGGCCAAAAGCUUUCUGUGGACGUGCUGGUGCCGCAGCCUGAUGCUUCACUUCCACUAUCAUCUGGGCAUGCAACUACGAGCCGGGUACGAUGCCGAACGGAAUGAGUCGCUGAACAUGCGUCAACCACUGCCAGGCCAUGACGGGGAGACUCCGAAUUCCCUCGAGGCACUGCCACAGUAUAUGUGCAAGUGGGCCUUUGCGCUGCUGAGGUCAGAUAGAGCGUCCAUCGGGCAAGAUUUUCGCGACUUUCGACGCCGAUUUGGUGCCAUGUUCAACGACAAGCCAGCAAGAUGCGUUCUUUCGUCUUCACAGGCCUGUAAUGGACAAGGACCAGAACAUUGCCAACGGUUUACAGGCAUGACAAUAGUCGACCAAUCGGCCCACGAUUACCGGUGCAGCGGUGGUUGUGACAAGAUGUUCUGGGACGAAUUCAGUUAUCGCAGCGUCGAGGGCGCCAGAGCCGUAUCAGUCAAGGACUCUGACAAUGUCACCAUUCGAUACUGUCAAGCGUCUUCCAAGACACUCAGUGUCUCACACGUAUGGGCUCACGGUGCGGGAGGGAGACCUCAUACGGGUAUGAAUGCUUGUCUACACGCACGACUCAUCCAGCUGGCCCACGAAAAUGAAUGCGACUCUUACUGGAUGGACACGCCUUGUAUUCCCGAGAAUCAUGAUCUUCGUGCGGAGGCUAUAGCUAACAUCAACAAGAUCUUCACCAUCAGCCGAAUGACACUGAUCUGGGAUCGCGACAUCAUGUCCAUUGAUAUCAGCGACGGCUCGAUCGAGACAUGGGAGAUCCUACUCUCGACGCUUCUGGUCUGCGAUUGGAAUGUCCGGUCUUGGACGCUGCUCGAGUCGAUGAGGGCCCGUCACACCGUCCAUCUCCUGUGCAAAUACAACAGAAUCAUCUCGGUCAAGGAAUGCCUGACAAAGGUCCACGAACAGGGGUCAAUGGCCAUCGCCAACCUCUUCCUCACCCAUCAGCAGCUCCUCCCGGCCCAGCCACCUUCGCCGUUUGACAAAAACCCCCGAGGAGAUAUUGCCCGGCGGCGAGACGGGUACAUCUCGGUGGAAGAGUCUAUCUGCCUGCUGGCGUACCGCCACGCCUCGCGCCCAGGCGACAGUACUGUCAUCAUGAGCUUGUUGCACGAUACCACGCCCGCAUACACUGCCGAGAUGUUUUGGAAAUCCAAAAUCAACAGCAUCAUUCACACGGGCGUCCUGUUCUCUUCCCUUCCCAGACUACAGUGCAAGGGUUUCGGUUGGGCUCCGGCCCAGCCAGAGGUCUCUCGACUGGCCACCACCACCUCAUCGAAUGCAACAUCCUUACUAUCAUCACCAUUGCAUCUGGUAUACGACGGCGCGGGAACAUCCGUCGCGCUCAUCACAGACAAAGGUCUCGAUGCAAAGUUUACGACUUUUGAAGUAUCCGGUCCCUCGCCAAGCGGGUUCCCCGCGAGUGUCAAGGCCUUCAAGGACACUUUCGCGCGUGGCGACCGCAGGGGAGUUGAUUGUCCGUCACGUCGAGCCCGGGAGGAAUUUAAGCUGCACAAAUACCGUCACGCGAGGUUCGUGCUCGCUGCAAAGGUGGUCGCGUCUAGCGGCUACUAUGUCUAUCGAGGGCCCCGACAUGGCACCGUCUUUGGGGUAGUUGGCUCGAAUGACAAGGCUCACAGGAUUUGGCACUGGCUCGGCGUCUUUGAAUGGGACGCUGCAGCUCCGUGGCCUCCAAUGAGACGAGAGGUGGAGGAUAUCUUCCUGGUGUGA